AUGUCAAGUGAAAACUUCACUUCUCUGGUGAAAGUGACAAAUUCGGAGAACCUAGCUGAAUGGAUUUUAAGUGACAAACAGAGUAAACAAUGUUUUCUCGUUGCUGGCAAAGGCACAACUUGUGCAUAUAGUUCAAAAUCAGAAUUAAAAUCUAGCAAACAAUCCAUUGUUCUCACAACCGUUGGGUUACCAGUGAUAUUUGUAAAGCUGAAUUGGUCAUUCAACCUCAAGGUCCAAAUUCGAAAGAUAAGCCAAAUAAAACGCAUUUUACAACUGAACACCGAGAUAAAUAAAUUCCAGAGUUACAAAAAAAAUGUUACCAGCUCAUUCGCAUUGCAGAAGAAUUUGGCAAAAGUCAACUCGCAAUUAUUAUCAGGAUUACCUAUUAAUUCAAAGCCUAAAUAG